GAAAUCCCUACCUUUUACGUGUGAAAAAACCCGGCAUGAUUGCUGCAGCACAAACUUUAGACCUCAUAAGUCAUGAGUAGAACUUACCAAAAAAAAAAAAAAAAAAAGACAGAGGAAAAAAAAGUUGGUUUUGAAGUUGUUGUUUUGUUACUCGACUGAAUCCAUUCGCUUCACUAUGUAAUCAAUUCCAAAUUUUGAACUCAACCCAUAUUCCCAUUCUUCUUCUUCUUCCUCUGCCCUCAAUUUCAAUUCUCUGUACUCGGCAGCCAUGGGAGACGAGUACAGGAUGACUCAACAUUCCGGUGACUCGGUCAACAUCGAGCUACCUGGAAUGGUCAUUGUCACAGCCAUUUUAGUCUUCUUCUUGGUCCUUGUUUUUGUUCUUCUUCUCCAACUCUACGCCAGAUGGUUAUGGUCUCGCAUUGAGGAUCCCACCCCUCUUCCACUUGAAACUCGCCGUCGCCGCCGCCGUCGAUUCGAGUUCUCCGCCGUACAAGACCCCAAUUCCGGAAGAGGGUUAGACCCCACUGUCCUCCGCUCACUUCCUGUUCUUAUAUUCCAUCCCGAUAACUUCAAAGAUGGGCUUGAAUGUGCCGUUUGCCUCUCCGAGCUUGUUGAAGGUGAAAAGGCAAAGCUGCUUCAUGAUUGCUUCCAUGGCUUCCAUAGCGAUUGUAUCGAUAUGUGGUUUCAGUCACAUUCCACUUGCCCUCUCUGCCGCAACCCCGUCACAGCCGCCGCCGCAGACACCGGCGAGUUGCAGGGUGAAGAUUCUACUUCUGGGUUGUCUUCAGAAUCUCCUACUUUCCCAACUAAUGUAUUGAUUUGGGGAAAUCAGGCGCAGGUCACCUCUGCCGGAGCUUGUCUAGAAGUGGAAGAGGGUUCUUCUCAAAACCCUUUUCCGGCAGCUUCUUCAUCGGCAUCAGCCAGUUACUCAGAUGCAGAAUUAGUAAUUGAUGUUCAGAGUGAUCUUCAAUUUCUGCCGAUAGCAACUAAUGAAGAUGGAAAGUUACCUGUAGUCACCAGAUUGAGAUCUUUGAAAAGGCUUUUGAGUAGGCAAAGAAGAGUGAAUCCUUGUAAUCCAAAUUCAGCUAAUGCUGAAAUAGAACAAGUGCCCUAAGAGGCUGAGAACAGAGUUUUAAAACUGUGGUCUGAUUCAUAAAUGCCACAAACAACUUAAGUUUACAAAACUUGUACAAAUUUCUUUGUUUUCUAGUAAUGAGAGGGAUAGUGUUGUUGAGAUCA